AUGGAGACUUGUAGUCUAUCGGAGAUCUGGGAUGGCCUGGAUUUCUCUCCAUGCUUUCGAGCAAUGGUCAUUGAUACCUUGAUACCCAUUGUCUUGUUGCUAGGAUCAUUGUCUUUUAUUUUAAAAGCAUGGCUCCGUUCACGACGAUCUUCUUUUCAUUCCGCACUUUAUGCACCGCUUAAACAACAUGCUGUUACUUCCUAUGGCACCACUUCUCCGUCCCUUGACGACAAUCAACAAGAUGACCAAGACGACAAUGACACACCCUCAUCCUCCACCAUUGCUUCCAAUCAGUCAUACGAGGUGCCAUUAAAGCGAUGGUCCAUUUACAACCUCACACGAUUAGCAGGCACAUUGCUUCAACUCGCAAUCUCUGCUGGUGCAUUACGUACGCUCUUGGCCCAUGAAUACACUCUCGAUACAGCAGUCGAAGGCUCAAGUUCAAAUGUAUUUACAUCAUCCAUUGCAGACUGUGUAUACUGGACCUGUUUGCUCGUAUUAUCAGUGGGUGCCACCUUUAGCAACAGCUCGUUCAUGAUGGCGACCAUUACCAAGCAUGUGGAUAUCUUGCUUCUCACGAAUCUGGUGGUCCAAUGUGUGAAUAUGAGAUCCUUUUUCCUGGUGCAUUACACAAACAUUGAUUCGAUCGGCUACACACGCGCCAUUGUUUCCGCUUGUGUUACCCUGUUCAUGUUGGCGAUCUUGAUCCAUGAAGAACGCGGUGCUCCUGGUCAACCUAUCAUGACAGACACGGGCCGCCCCAUGUCUACUGAAAUGUGGGCUUCUACGUAUUCCAAAUUCAUGUUCAGUUGGGUGGCUCCCAUGUUGAAAGAAGGAUACCAAAGGACAUUGAAUGCAGAUGACUUGGUUGAGCUGACACCACAAAACCGAGCCAAGAACGUUCUGCAAAAGUACCAGCAUCAUCGAUCACCUUCCUUGUUUUGGGGCAUCAUCCGUACUUAUAAGAAGGAAUUGGCAACACAAGCUGGAUGGUGUAUACUUUGGAAUGCUUGCUUGUUUGGACCUCCCGUGUUCCUGAAUAAGAUCAUCAAGUACAUUGAGAAUCCACACCCUGAUGAGCCACCCUCCAUCGCCUACUUUUAUGUGCUCCUAUUAUUCCUUUCUGCUGCCUCUCAAGCCCUUGCACUUCAACAAGCAUUGUACAUUGGAAGGACGCUUGGUGUUCGAGUGCAGGCCAUUAUUGUCGGUGAAGUCUUUGCCAAAGCCUUGCGUAAGCGUGAAGGGGAUCGUGAGGAGGAGAAGAAUGACACCACUACUACCACCACUACCGAGAACGAGGAGGGCAAGGAUGAGAAGAAAUCCGAAGGCAACGUCAACAAUUUGCUAUCCGUGGAUUCACUUCGAAUCAGUGAUUUUAUGGCCUAUUCGUUUCAAUUGUAUGGUGCAGCCAUUCAAAUGGUCGUCAGCGUCGUCUUGCUCUACAACUUGCUUGGCACAGCAGCAUUAUGGGGUCUUGGUGUGAUGGUCCUUACACAACCUGUGGUGAUCCUUGUCAGCCAACGCUUUGAAAAGAUCCAAGACCAAGUCAUGUCUGCCACCGACAAUCGUAUCAAAAAAGUCAACGAGUUGCUAUCAUCCAUUCGCAUCAUCAAAUUCUUUGCAUGGGAAAAGGAAUUCAAGAAACGGGUGAUGGAUGCACGAGAAAACGAGCUCAAGUUACUUCUUGCACGUCUCUACAUGCAUGUGCACAUCACCAACACCUGGUUCUUUAUUCCUAUCUUGAUCAUGAUCACAGUCUUUUAUGCCUAUACAAGAACCUAUGAUCUCACGGCAGCUACGGCAUUCACUGCUCUUGCCCUUUUCAACAUUCUUCGCUUUGCUUUGGAUGAACUACCCAUGUUUAUUACUUGGGCUCUUCAAGGACGUGUCUCUGCUAAGCGUGUUCAAAAGUUCUUGGCCGAAGAUGAAGUAGCCUCUCCUCCUCAGCACACGAUCAUGCAUGCCGAUAUUGGUUUUGUGGAUAACGCUGCCUUUGGAUGGGAAAAGGAUAAGCCUAUUAUCAAGAAUCUCAACUUGUCAUUUCCUCGUGGCAAAUUAUCAGUCGUGUGUGGCCCUACUGGAUCAGGCAAAACCACCUUGUUGGCAAGCUUGCUUGGAGAAACGUAUCGCAUCCGUGGCAGUGCACAUCUUCCUCGUACUGUUCCCACCAAGUCCAAGACCCCUGUUGGCGGUGCAGCAUCAGGCAUCGCUUAUGUCGCACAAACUGCAUGGCUUCAAAAUCGCAGCAUUCGCGACAACAUUUUAUUCGGAUUGCCUUAUGAUCCAGAGCGUUAUGAACAAGUGCUCUAUAUCACAGCUCUCACAAAGGAUUUGGAAAUUUUUGAGUAUGGCGACUCUACUGAAAUUGGCGAAAAGGGUGUCACGUUGAGUGGUGGACAAAAGCAAAGAAUGGCCAUUGCAAGAGCUGUGUAUUCUCAAGCUGAGACCGUUAUCCUUGAUGAUUGUUUGAGUGCUGUCGAUGCACAUACAGCAAAGCAUUUAUAUGAGCAUUGUAUCACAGGAAGCUUGAUGAAAGGUCGAACGGUUAUCCUUGUGACACAUCAUGUUGCUUUGUGUCUUGAUGGUGCUUCCUAUGUCGUUGCUAUGAAAGAUGGCCAAGUCCUUGGUGCUGGUGAUCCCUCCACCGUCUUGAAAAGUGGUGCACUUGGUGAAGAGCUUGCCAAUACCUAUGAUGAAGAACGCAAAAAGGAAUCUGGUUCCUCUGGAGAGAAAACGGAUGGCAUCGUACCUGUGGUACCAGAAAAGGUUCAGCUGGCCAAGGAAGAUGGUACAGGCAAAUUGGUCAAGGAGGAGGAACGCGCUGAAGGAUGGGUGUCAUGGUCUGUUUACGAGGCCUAUAUUCGUGCAUCAGGAGGCUAUGCAUUCUGGGGUAUCAUUUUGGUUGCCUUUUGCUUGAACCAAGCCGUGAUUUUCUCUCAAGACUAUUGGAUCAAGAUUUGGACAAGUGCUUACGAGACCAAGCGUCACGAUUUGGGUGUCUUGACGGCUCUCAGUACACAUUCAUCUCUCUUGCUGAAUUCCUUGUCGCUAUCAAUGGAUGCACCACCGCCUUCAGAAGACGCUCCACAGCAGCCGCAGCACGUCAACGUGACCUAUUACCUUGGGAUCUAUGCUCUGAUUGGAUUUCUUGCUCUUCUUGCUACCACAGCUCGAUCACUUAUCAUUUACUAUGGAUCAAUUCGGGCAUCACGUCGUCUUCAUGAAAAGCUGUUGCAAAAGAUCCUUCGUGCCAAGAUUCGAUUCUUUGACAGUACACCUCUUGGACGUAUCCUCAAUCGUUUUUCAACGGAUAUGGAAGCCAUUGAUCAAGAAGUCUCACCCAUGGUGGCAUUCGUUCUCUUUUCCAUUGUUUCCAUGUUUUGCAUGUUGAUUCUUGUAUCCACGGUGCUUCCAGCAUUCCUUAUCCCUGGUACAUUCAUUGCCGUCGUUUUUGUCUUUAUUGGCAUGUACUAUUUGGCAACCUCACGUGAUAUGAAGCGAUUGAAUUCGGUGUCUCGCAGCCCCAUUUACGUUCAAUUCAGUGAAACCCUCAAUGGUGUCAGCACCAUCCGUGCCUUUGGAGCACAACCACGCUUUGUCAAGGAGAACUAUGAUUUGGUGGACAACAACAAUCGACCCUUUUUGUGGAUGUGGGCAACCAACCGCUGGCUCCAUUCACGUAUCGAAUUAUUGGGUUCCAGUGUGUGCUUCUUUACCGGCUUGGUCAUUAUGCUAGCACGCUCAUGGAUUGAUCCUGGUUUGGCUGGUCUUUGUCUAAGCUAUGCUCUUCAAUUCACCGAUCAUAUCAUUUGGAUCGUACGUGGCUAUGCACAAAACGAGAUGAACAUGAACUCCAUUGAACGUGUACAAGAGUAUAUGGAUAUUGAAGAAGAGGCACCCGAAAACAUUCCUGCAACAUGUCCUCCAAAGAGUUGGCCUGAAACUGGAGCUGUCAAGGUUGAGGAUUUGGAAAUGAGGUAUUCACAGGAUAGCCCUGCUGUGCUACAUCGCAUCUCCUUUGAGACCAAACCAAGAGAAAAAGUGGGCAUUGUUGGAAGAACUGGAAGUGGAAAAUCGACGUUGGCACUCUCUAUAUUCCGAUUCAUGGAGGCAAGCCAUGGCAGGAUCUUGAUUGAUGAUGUGGAUAUUGCAACGCUGGGCUUACAAGAUUUACGUUCUCGGUUGACUAUCAUUCCUCAAGACCCUGUUUUAUUCUCGGGCACUUUGCGCAGUAAUCUUGAUCCCUUUGGUCAACAUGAUGAUGCAGAGUUAUGGGCAGCAUUGAAACGAUCCCAUUUGAUUGAUCAACAAAAAGCCGGUGAUGGUAGCGGCAGCGAGCAAAAGAAUAUCACCUUGGAUUCGGUUGUCUUGGAGAAUGGCAACAAUUGGUCGCAAGGACAACGUCAGCUGAUUGCACUUGCACGAGCUCUUGUCAAGAAAUCCACAUUGAUCAUUUUGGAUGAAGCAACAUCAUCGGUUGAUUUUGACACGGACCGCAAGAUCCAAGAAACCAUUCGAGCUGAACUCACGCAAUCAUCACUUUUAUGCAUUGCCCAUCGUAUUCGCACAGUGGCAGAUUAUGAUCGUAUCCUUGUAUUGGAUCAAGGCCGAGUGAAGGAAUUCGAUACGCCGUACAACCUUAUUACACGAGAAGAUAGCGUUUUCCGACAAAUGUGUCAACGUAGCGGUGAAUUUGAUGAGUUGUUGGAGAUUGCCUCUGCAAAACAUGCAGCAUAG